AUGGAACGACCACCUACAGCAUCGACACCGACGACGACGAGGAUGAAACGUAACUUCUAUGAGGUACUUGGUCUGGACCCGCAACUGUCCGACACAGUGUCAAUAAAGAAGGCUUAUAAGAACAUGGCACUCAAGUAUCAUCCUGAUAAGAACUCAUUGGACCCAGUGGCCAACCAGAAGCAGUUCAACGAUAUUCGCGAAGCUUAUGAGAUACUGUCCAAUCCCGAGUUGCGACAGAACUAUGACAAGUCAGUUCAGUUGAACGAUCACAUCAACAAUGCACUGAGGCAGCAUCAUCAUGUCGUCCACUCGCCAAGGAAUGAAUCAACUACCACAACGACAACGACUACAACAGUCUCAUCUCAUCAGAAGGAUAGAUCGCCACCAUCUUCACCACCGCAACCUCAACAACCUCAGCAACAACCUCCCCAACAGGCCAACACCAACAACAAUCCAUUCACCAAGUUGUCAUCAUCAACUCAUCGCGUACCAUUCACAUCGUCGACACAGUAUCAGUCGACUACAACAGUGACCACAACAACAACGCAGUCACUCGACAAAGGCAAUCAGAUCAACUCUUCAACAACCUCCACUCUCUUUGUAUCUGAUUCAAAGACACUCGAUCACCUGACAGCUGAUCAACCAGCACAGGUACCAACACCUGGCGGCAGCAGCACAAGCAGCAACAUCUUUGGCUCACACUCACCAAGACGACAAGGACAGUCGGUUAACACUAUAGUACGUGUAAGCUUCGAGGAGAGCAUAGAGGGCUGUAUCAAGACGCUACUCUACACGCCAAUCAUCAAUUGUCCGCAUUGCAAGACAUCAUCGGUGUCCACAGUCGAAUGUACUUACUGCGGUGGCACUAAGAGGAUACAAUGCCAACACUCAAUCAAGGUCAAUGUGCCAGCCGGAGUCACAAACGGACACAGAGAAGUGCUCUCUGGUCUUGGUGACGAGGGAGACAAUGGCACAUCAGCAGGUGACCUCAUCGUCGACUUCCAAGUGGACGAAAAUACAAACUACAAACGAGUUGGCAAUGAUGUUUGGAGCGAUGUAUCGAUAUCAAUGGUCCAGGCUGUGCUUGGUGAUAGGAUCACAGUGUCAUUCCUCUAUGGAACGAUGGACAUUGAUAUACAUCCAGGUACACAACCAAAUCAGGUGCUCAAGAUAAAGGAUCAAGGCUUUGUCGACAUGGCCACACAAAGGAAGGGUGACUUCUACAUCAAGGUCGUUGUGGUGAUACCCCGUACAAUCAAUCAACAACAAAGACAACUCAUCCGUGAGUUUGACAAGCACUCGGGCAGCAGCAAUCGCAGCUCAAUGUCACCGUCCUCCUCAAUGACAUCAUAG